AUGCCAGCUAAAGCCAAGAAAUCUCCAACCAAAGCUGCUCGGAAAGGGAGAAGAGCCACGAAAACGUCGAAGGGUGAUGAGGCGACCGCCUCAGCUGAUGUUGUUGAGGUUGUAGACAGCAAGGACGUUGUUGACGACAAAACUGCAACUAAAAUCAAUUGGAGUGAUCAGACACUCAGUCAAAGUCUCAUUACCGCCAUCACCGAUGAUCCCGACAUCAAGCAAGGCUUGUUCCCACCCCCCGGCCCCAAUGCAUCAAGCGCGAAGGGCGGUGGUAAAAAGAAGACACUAUGGCAGUGGAAAGUUGCCGUCGCUAUCUUCAAGGAACACCCUACACCCAAAGCUGAAGCCAAAACUUCAGUCGUCGUGGGCUGA